AUGUCUCCCGCACCAAUCACUGUCGAGGUCGAGUCCGUUGCUGCGCCUCCUUUCGCCAUGUACCGUGGCUGCACGAUCGCUCAGACCGAAGAGGUCGCCACCGACGCAAGAGAUCCUCCGUUUGCCAUGUACCGCGGCUGCACGAUCGCCCAGAGCGAAGAGACCAGCGACGCAAGGGACCCACCUUUCGGUCAGUCUGCACACACGCUACCUGCAAUCUCAAGAUUUCGCCUCAAGCAUCUUCUUGUCACUUAA